AGUUUAUCUACGCCUAUACUGAUGAUGUCUACAGGAGUUCUUGGGAAUUUAUUGGCAUUGUUUGUGCUUUAUACAUCAAAAAAGGAAAUGAAAAAGACAGUUUUCUUUCCUUUACUUUUAGGACUAGCCUGGACUGAUUUAAUAGGGCAGCUUAGUACAGCACCAAUAGCAAUUAUAGUGUACGCGAAUAAUUUAAAAUGGGUUGGUGGAGAAGAGCUUUGUACAUAUCAUGGCUUUAUGAUGGUGUGGUUUGGACUACUAACACCUCUUAUAGCUUGUUGUAUGUCAGUUGAACGUUUCAUAGCGCUGAGAUUUUCAUACUUCUACGCACGGGUGGCAACCAGGCCAAUGGCACAAUAUGCAAUAGUAAUUUGCUGGAUUACUACGUGUUUUAUGUGUACUCUACCAUUAAUGGGAUUUGGUAGUUAUGAACAUCAAUUUCCAGGAUCAUGGUGUUUUUUAAACUUCCAUCGUGAAAGUCGUCUAGACACUGCCUAUGCUAGUAUAUUUGCUAUGUUAAAUGUGAUAUUUAUUGGUGUUAUGAUUGUUUGUAACGUGACGGUCGUGGUAACAUUAAUUAACAUGAGAAGAAGUAGAAAAGUCAAACAUUCUCCAAGUAAUGAAAGGAAAUUUUCAGUGAUAACCAAAUCCUUACUGGAGAUGGAGAUUGAAACUCAAAUGGCCUGGUUUUUAUGUGCAAUAACAUUAGUGUUCAGUAUCUGUUGGUUACCUUUAAAUAUUCAUAUACUUGACAAUCAAGUGACAGGGAAAACAAAUCGCGCUAAAGACUUGAUUAGUGUAAGAUUAGCAAGCAUUAAUCAAAUAUUAGAUCCAUGGUUAUAUAUAUUACUUAGAAAAGCUAUGAUAGUUAAAGUGUUAGGCCGGAUCAAACGGUAUAUCAUAUCCAGAAAAAGUGAU